AUACAUAGCUGUUCUCUUUCAAGACAAGUGGCCUCAGUACAUUGCCUGCUUUCCAGAAAUGCUGAACAAAUUUGAUUAAAAUCUUAGAAUAAAUUAGUUACUUAUCUGCUCCUUGACUGCUUCAUAUUCAUAGUAAAAAUGGGUGUCCUUGCUGUGCUUAUUUUUCCUUUGCUCCUUUUUGGAAUCAGUGGAAUUAUAUAUAUUUACCGAGCAGUUGGUCGGCUAAUGUCAAAGUCAGCUGUGCAAAACAAAGUGGUAGUGAUUACUGAUGCCAUCUCUGGACUGGGCAAGGGUAAGCUAAUGCUCUCGAGUUUCACUCUGAGGAGCGAGUUAGUGUUGUGUAAAAGACAUGGGAGAAUAGAAGCCUUGUAUAAUGCUUUAAUCAGUGUAGCAACCCCAUCUAAAACCUUUACACCAAAGCUCGUACUUCUGGAUCUCUCAGACAUAAACUGCAUUCAAGAUGUAGCUAAAGAAAUAUUGGAUUGCUAUGGAUGUGUGGAUAUACUGAUCAACAAUGCUAGUAUGAAGGUGAAAGGACCAGUGCAGAGUAUCUCAUUGGAACUUGAUAAAAAGAUUAUGGAUGCCAACUAUUUUGGACCUAUAACACUAACAAAAGCCCUUCUUCCCAACAUGAUCUCAAGAAGAACUGGACAAGUUGUCCUAGUAAAUAAUAUCCAAGGAAAAUUAGGAGUCCCAUUUCGUGCUGCUUAUGCUGCUUCUAAGCACGCUGCACAAGGAUUUUUUGAUUGUCUUAGAGCUGAAGUGGCAGAAUUUGAUGUUUGUAUCAGCACCGUGAGUCCAACAUUCAUCCGUUCAUACCAUGUUCAACCAGAGCCUGGCAACUGGGAGGCCUCCAUUUGGAAAUUCUUUUUCAGAAAGCUGGCAUACGGCGUGCAUCCAGUGGAGGUUGCUGAAGAAGUUCUGCGCACAGUGAGCAGAAAGAAACAGGAGGUGUUUAUGGCCAAUGCCAUCCCCAAGGCAGCUCUUUACAUUCGUACUUUCUUUCCGGAAUUGUUUUUUGCCAUCAUUGCCUCUGGUGUUAAGGAAAAGCAGAAGGUAGAAGAGAAAUGAUUUUGUUCACCUCUUUUUUCUGUUUGUGGCCUGAAUAAAGUCCAUGUUUCAAGAGUGA